CACGUGCACCAUCUCCCGGGGGGAAAUCUACGCUUCCACCAGGAAGCCGACCCAUUGAUUGAGUUCCAAGAUGUGCUUUGGUCACUAAAUCGAGUAUCCUGCGGUGGAAAACGAAGCGCGCGCGAGGGGUUGGGUGUGUGUGAAGCGGAACGGUUCGGUUUUGGAUAUUGGUCGGAUUGAGUGUAGAAGGAAGCGGCAGCAGAGAACGCACCAAUGUUUGGGUGGGUGAUUCGGAUGAAAAUCGUUUUUUCCUGUGAGGUGGAUGUUGUUGGCGGUUGAUGAAGGCAGUGCUGUUUGGAUAGCGUGAAGUUUAGCGUAAAUUUGAUUUUUUUUGCUGAGUGCAGCAUCAUAGGUAAAUAAGGAUGAGCGUAUUAUCCCAAGAAGUAAAUUAUCAUAUCAGUAUAAUUAGUGAAUUACGGUGAGCGAGUAGCUGUAUUCGAAAGGAGUGUACGCAAAGUAAUUGUAUUCGGGGGAAGGAAGAACAACUUUGUUAAACGGAAUAGAUUGGUCUCUCGGCGGAGGUGUAUACGACCGAAAUACAAAUUGAGUGUUUAGUGAAAGUGUCGAAACAGCAAAAGUCAGACAUCGUCCGUUGAUGGUUGGUGUUGUACGUUUGGAGUGGAAAAUCUGCUUGCGAGAGGGUCUCUAUUUGUGUUGACACCGGCUAACGUGAUGCCUGUAACGGCGAGGACGACAUCCAGCACGCACGGUGCGAUCCCUUGUCGACGGAGCAAUUCAAGUUAAAUUUACUGUGAAAUAGGCACAGAUCCCGUCCAUGGCUCAACGGUUCGUCUAGUGAAAAACAAACAAUCCCAAAUCGAAAGGGAAACAUCGCAGCCCCUCUUGACUGAAAUAAUCCAAUGAAAACACUUCCCUCCAGUGACGCGCUACUCACAUCCAUACAUAUCCACCAGGCUUGUGGCGUAUGCAAAGUGAAAACCUGUAAGGUGUAUCCAUAAGGAGGAAUCGAACAAAUACGGAUGAUUCGAUCGAGCUGCGAAACGGAGACCGGCCAUAUAACAGUGAUUUGGAAAUGCAGUGAAGGAAAAACGGGGAACAAAAUUUGGGAUUUGAGUGUAGUUGACCCUUCUGUGAUUGGGUUGCCUCCAUUGAGAAGGUGUCAGUUUGAAAUUUGAAGGGUUGGCCGACUGGAAUUGAAGUUCGAGCUCGGGAUUCGAAAAAGGAUAACGACGACGUGAUUCGAAAGUCAACCGGGAAAGGCACAUAUCAUGGAAACGCUCUACACCGGACACAUCCACGGGUUUCCACCGGCGGCCAACGUAUCAUACGGAUCUCUGAGCACGACAUGGGGCUCCCAGGGCGGGCUGAUUGCGCUGGGGGUGGUCCUGGGGAGCUCCGUCAGCCUGGUGGGACUGGCGUUUGCCUUUAUUACGUACAGCCUAUUUUCCGACUUGAAGUCCCUGGCAGGCACGGCUCUUCUCAGUCUGCUCGCGUCGCUCUUCAUGAGCCAGCUGCUGUUCGUGAUCGGCGUGGGCGGCGUUCAGGACACCGAACUUUGCCUUUCGCUAUCGCUGGCGCUGCUGUUCAUGAAGCUGGCCACGAUGUGCUGGCUGUGCUGCUGUUGCCACCAUGCGCUGGUCCUGUUCCGCUCCAGUACGAAUCUGAAUCCAAGCCCGGAACCGAGCAUGGGACGAGCGUUGGCGCAUUACAGCCUGCUGUCGUGGGGAUUUCCGCUGCUAAUGCUGGGAGUGGCCGCCGCCUUCAAGUACAAGGAACGGGACGUGAAAAUCACCGGAGCACAAGUCAUCGCACAGAUCGUGCACGACCUGAACGGCGAUAGUCAUUGUUGGCUAAUGGAAGGUUCGGCGUACAUCUGGGGCUUUCUGGUGCCGGCGGUGAUACUACUUUUCGCCGGGUUCUACCUGGCGUGCCAGGGAUGCGGCGCGGUCAAGAUUGCCGCGGCACUGCAAAUCGACAGCCGGGCCAAGACCAAGCUGGUGAAGAAACGGGGCCUCCAGAUCGGGCUGUUCUUUAAGAUUCUAAUCGUCCUGUCCUCGGUCGUCUUUCUGGGAGCAAUCGCCUCGAUGUGGAAUGUUGUCGAGCUGUGGUCCAUCUACAGCAUUGCACAGGGCAUCCAGGGCCUGGUGAUAGCGAUGCUCGUGUCGUGCAACUGCAAAAUCCUGAAGCUCUACUCGGCCCCCCGCAGUCAAAAAUCCCGUCGCGGCACGUACCGCAGCCUCAAAGAUGGCGAAGGUGGUCGCUACGGAGUCCUCUCGGUUACCAAUCCGAACUACGAGGACAUCCCCCCAAUGCAACACACCUUCGCGCCCAUUCCCGAACCGGAGGAAUCGCCCUCGCCGGCGCACAGCUACGUCAAGAUGGCCUACCGGGAGCGUCACUUCGUCGAGCGGACCGACGUGGUCGUACCGUCGGCGCUGGACUGUGCCUUCAGCGGGGAACUGUCCACCUCGUUGGCGAUCGAGGAAAUCCCGCGCAACCCACUGCCGGCCUCGGUGUGAAAACUGCAUGUGGUGAAUCGGUGGCUGGUGGCACUACUGCCACUGGUGGCUUAGCGUGCGCACUCGGUAAUCGAUGAUUCAGUGACAAUAAGUGUGCACCGGAAGAAUCAGGGAGGAAAGUUUAUGUCCCGGGAGGGAACUACUACUAAAAAUAUCAAAAAGUGUAGCUUGCAUAUCUAGGUCAUAUCAGAGAUGAAAUAUCAACUUUAUUGUAUAUCAGAAAGGAAUGUAUUUUAGAGGAAUGCGGACAAAGGGUCUCGAAAAAGCGUUGUACAUAUAAAAAUAUUGAUGGGGAAGAAGUAUAUGCAAUAUGGUAUUAUGCAGCAUGCUUUGGAGACAAAGUGGUAAUUUUGUUGAGAAUAUAUUGAACGGUCAGUAGAAAUCUA